GGAAGUUUAACACUAGUGAAUUUCUUCCAAAGGAAAGCGUAUACUGCCGGAAAAGAUUAUUGCAUUGUUUAAUCUUGUUAAGGUGCAAUUGUAUUUCAGCAUUUUUUAAGUUAUGUCGAAGAGUCAAAAAGUUUUGAUAGCUGCAGCAGGUGCAGCCGGAGUGGGCAUGGCAGCAUGGAAAACAUUGUUUCCUUAUAUUACUGAUGACUAUCGUACGCUUCGGCAGACAUGGCGGGUUUCCUUGGCAAUAUGGAAGGACUUAUUGGCUGAUAAUAGAGUCAUCGAUAUGUUUGAAGCAGACGUAGAAAAACACCCAACGAAGCCUUUCAUUAUUUUUGAAGAUAAAAUAUACACUUAUGAAUACAUAGAUAUGAUGGCUAACAAAAUAGCAAAUGUUGCCUUGUCAUGGAGUCUUGAUCAAUUAGAUACAGUAGCAAUGAUGAUAUAUAACGAACCUGCGUUUGUUUGGACAUUUCUAGGUUUACAGAAAAUUGGACUAGCUGCAGCAUUUGUCAACUAUCAUCUAAAGUCCACUCCUUUGGCACACACCAUCAAAGUCAGCGAGGCAAAAGUUUUAAUAGUUGGAGAGGGAGAGGAUUUAUUUGAAUCUGUCCAAGAAAUAAGUAAAGAAAUACCAGACACUGCAAUAUAUGUCAUGGGAAAGUCAAAAACUGAUCUCCCAGAUGGGUUUAGCUCGUUAUCAGACCAAAUGGUUAGAUCACUGCCUGUGCCUUUAUGUAAAUCAGUACGAGAGACAGUCCCUGUGACACACCCAUGUUGCUUUAUUUAUACCUCGGGUACGACAGGGCUUCCAAAACCGGCAGUAAUAAACCAAUGGAAAGCUAGUGCAAUGACUAAUAAUAUGCAGAUUAUUAAUUUCAACGAAAAUGAUAUAGCUUACGCAGUUACUCCUUUGUACCAUAGUGCGGCAACCACUCUCAGUUUGUUUAAUGUUAUAGGUCAAGGAGCAACUCUGGUACUUGGACGAAAGUUUUCUGCAAGCCAUUACUGGGAAGAAGUCCGAAAACAUAAAGUUACUGUGAUACAAUAUAUAGGAGAACUGUGUAGAUAUCUACUUAGAGUGCCUAAGAGCGAUCUGGACGUAGUUCACAAUGUGAGAGUAGCAUUGGGAAAUGGCUUACGACCAGAUAUUUGGGACGAGUUCAGAACGAGGUUCAACAUUCCACAUAUUGCAGAGUUUUUUGGUGCAACAGAAGGUACAGGUGGUACAUGGAAUAUCUUCAACCGAGCAGGAUGUGUUGGAAGAUGGUCCCCAUUAACGAGAGCGCUUGGUCCAGGAGGUGUUCCAGUUUAUUUGGUAAGGUAUGACCCAGUUACAUAUGAACCACUGAAAGACAAAAAUGGACGAUGUAUUGUGAUUAAACCAGGGGAAGAAGGUCUCAUGAUUUCAGCUAUUCCAGAGCAGCUUUUCACAUUUUACAAAGGUCCAGAACAGAUGAAUGAAAAGAAGAUUAUUAGAAAUGUAUUCAAUGAUGGUGAUGCAUUUUUCAAUUUUGGAGAUUUGUUUUACCUCGACGGUCAAUAUUAUUUAUAUUUCCGCGACCGGGUUGGUGACACUUUCAGAUGGAAAGGAGAAAAUGUAUCAACCAAUGAAGUAGCUAAUGUACUAAGUACUUUACCAUUUAUACAUGAUGCAAAUGUAUUUGGUGUCAAAAUUCCGGGUGAAGAUGGACGAGCUGGUAUGGCUGCAUUGUCACUGCACCAAGAUCAACCUGUAACGCCAGAAAUUCUGAAAGGCAUCUACCGCAAAUGUGAACAUGAACUUCCAAUUUACGCCAGACCAGUAUUUAUACGAUUUAUGAAAGAGUUCAUCGUAACACAAACAAUGAAGAAUCGAAAAAUUGAAUUAAUAGAAGAAGGAUUCGACUUUGAUAAAGUAACAGACCCACUCUUUGUGAUAGAUAAUAAAUCAAAAACAUACAAAACAUUUGAUAUUGACAAUUCUUAUGAGAUGCUGCAAUCAAAGUUGUGAUGUAAAUACUUCUGAAGGAAAGAUACUCAUGUUGUAUUGAGAAUUGCUUACAGUAAUGAGCUGUGUUUAUUAUAUUCCAUUUUUAUCAAAUCCUUGAAAACAUUUAGACCAAAAUAUCACAUGUGCAAACGAGAAUUUGAGUAUAAAAUAAUAUGUCAAAAGAACGAUAUCAGUUUAGUAACAAAGGACAAGUGUUUUGUAUCAAUUAUAUGUUAACGCGCUUUUUAAAUGUUAUAUAAAAAAAAUAUCAGGCUAAAAGAUUCAAAAGCUUUUGGUCAAUAUUUCGGAUUUUUGAUGCUACAGCUGAAAGCAGCAUAUACUUUGUGUAUUUAUGUUUGCAAUGUCUAAAUUUAUUCUCUUGGUAACAACUGUUAGUUUGGCAUAGA